AUGGCACCCAAACCAGCCGGAAAGACGCUGGCAAAGCCCAAAGCAGGCAAGGCAGUCUUUCCGAAGCCCUGGCCGCCGAAAGUGCCCCUGGGUUCGAUGAAGGAUGUGUUACCCCUGAUAAAAGCGGAUGACGAGUCCCUGGAUACCCUGAUGCUGCCAUCGCCGGGAAUGCUUGGGGAUGGCGCUCAAGGGGUAGACUUUGGUCCUGAUGACAUCCAAUAUCUCUGCCAGUGCCUGGAGAAGAACAAGACAGUAACACAUUUGAACGUGUCAAUGUCUCCGAUCGGGGACGUAGGCGCUGCUCACAUUGCAGCGCUACUGGAAAAGGGGCAGCCGAUCUUGCGCUUAUCUAUGAACGGCUGCGGCAUCAGCUCUCUGGGCGCGCAAUCACUUGCAAAGGGCUUGGCGCAGUCAGAGGUAAUGGUCGUGGAGCUGACGAGCAAUCGCAUCGACGACGUUGGAGGCCGAGCAUUGCUGGAUGCAGUGCAGCAGAACAAGAGGCUGCAGGAUGUCCAGCUGGGCUUUAAUUCCAUAUCACCUGAAAUGGAGGCUGAAAUGGAGAAGGUGUUUAUGCUUCGCUGA